AAAUGCCACUGGACUUUCUCUAUAUAAAGUACUCAGCAACUUCAUCAACCUAAUCAUCUCUCUCUUUCUCUGCUUUUAAAUUUAUUUUGGUUACGGAGAGAGAAGUUGAUAAUCUAAGCUAGGGUUAUCCAUGGAGGGGGUGAUGAUGGACGUCGUUCUGGUGUGUUUGGUGCUUGUGUUUUUCCGGCUAUGGUGGCGUUACUGGUCUGGAGGCGGGCGUAAGAACCUUCCGCCGGGGCCGCCGGGGUGGCCAAUAGUGGGAAAUCUAAUCCAAGUCAUCCUUCAACGUCGGCACUUCAUCUACGUCGUCCGCGACUUACGUGCAAAGUACGGACCAAUCUUUACCAUGCAGAUGGGGCAGCGGACUCUCAUAAUCGUCACCAGCUCCGACCUCAUCCACGAGGCUCUCGUCCAGAGAGGUCCCGAGUUUGCGUCCCGCCCUGCUGACUCCCCCAUCCGCCUCCUCUUCAGCGUCGGAAAGUGCGCCAUCAACUCCGCAGAGUACGGCCCUCUCUGGCGUACCUUGCGCAGAAACUUCGUCACCGAGUUGAUCAACCCAGCGAGGAUAAGGCAGUGCAGCUGGAUCAGAAACUGGGCUAUCAAAUCCCACAUGGACAGGCUGUUAAAGUCCGACGGCGGCAUUGUCCAUGUGAUGAGCGAAUGCCGGCUCACCACCUGUAGCAUCCUCAUAUGCUUGUGUUUCGGGGCGAAAAUCUCCGACGAGAAGAUCAAGACUAUCGAGAGCGUGUUGAAAGACGUUAUGAUGAUGACAACUCCGAAGCUCCCCGAUUUCCUGCCAGUGCUGACUCCGUUGUUCCGCAGGCAGGUCGGGGAGGCGAAAGAGCUGAGGAGGAGGCAGUUGGAGUGUUUGGUUCCACUUGUUAGAGACAGAAAAGCAUUUGUUCUUGAAAGUGAUAAUGUUGAGGAUGAAAAUGUUAGAAAGAUAAUGGUGAGUCCAAAGGGCGCAGCUUAUAUUGACUCCUUGUUUGAGCUGGAGGUGCCCGGAAGAGGAAAAGACGGAGGCCGCAGGCGGUUGGAAGAGGAGGAGCUGGUGACGCUAGUCUCCGAAGUCAUUAACGCUGGGACGGAUACGAGUGCUACUGCGUUGGAGUGGGCUUUGUUUCAUUUGGUGAUGGACCAAAAAAUUCAAGAGAAGCUCUACAAGGAAAUCGUUGAUUGUGUAGGGACGGAUCGCAGUCCUUACACAGAUCAACAAAAGCCGCACGAAGAGGUGAUCACUGAGAGUGACGUGGAGAAAAUGAGCUACCUUUCCGCGGUGGUGAAGGAAACAUUCCGGCGUCACCCACCAAGCCACUUCGUCUUGUCACACGCAGCAGUGAAGGACACGGAGCUCGGCGGGUACACCGUGCCCGCGGAUGCGAGCGUGGAGUUUUACACUGCAUGGGUGACUGAGGAUCCGGAGAUGUGGGUGGACCCGGGUGAAUUCCUACCGGAGAGGUUCAUGGCGGGAGGAGACGGGGUUGACGUGGACGUGACGGGGACCAAAGGGGUGAAGAUGGUGCCGUUUGGAGCUGGCAGGCGGAUCUGCCCGGCGUGGACGUUAGGAACUCUGCAUAUAAACCUACUACUUGCCCGGAUGGUGCACGCUUUUAAAUGGUUGCCAGUACCAGAUUCCCCGCCGGACCCGACUGAGACGUUUGCUUUUACGGUUAUCAUGAAGAACCCUCUCAAGGCCAUCAUUGUUCCUAGGUCGUCAUUGUCGUCAACCAAAAUCUAAUGCUUGAAGGCCAGUAUUAAUCAACUUGGUUUAUUAAUUGUUUACUGUUAUUAUUACGCAGGAUUGUUUACUGUUAACGUAUUCUUAAUUAUGUUCUAAACUUGCGGGAGAAAACUGUACAAGUUGGUAUUGUAAGAACUAAAGAGGAUGUGAUAUGAACAGAUUCAGCUGAAUUUGUAUUCUGAAUAAUAAAUAAAAUUCUCUGUACACUUUUUCUCUUGCUCGAAGCUAA